AUGGCUUCCGUGCUUGACCUCCUGCACAUGGCUAUCGCUCAGCACAACCUCUGUCGAUCCACCAGCUCUCUAAUCGCCUACCUGACUUUUCUCAACAAGCUCAACAUCAACGAGCAUGGUGCUCUGAAGUGCCGAUUCCAAACUUGCAACGCAGCCGUCGUUCACAGUGAGAAGACCUGGAUCACCGCAAUUUCGGAAGGCUGUCUCCUGGCUGAUCAAGCAUCUCGCAUGGGCUGGACGGAAUAUCAGCCAUAUAUGGGAUGGUUGGGUUGCUAUGGUGAGUGCCAGAAGCAUGCAUCUGAGUAUAGUGCUCAGGCUGGAUGA